GUUUCCGUCGUUUCUUCCCCCUUUUGCAAACUCUAGUUCGGAAAUUGACUGAUCAAUUUUUCGAUCAGCGGUCAAUUCUGACGUGUUCCGUGACUCCUAGUUUUCACGUCGUAAAUGAAAGUGUCGCAGCAUUGUGUGUACCGUGUGCGUGAUACGGGCCUCAGUCUUCGUUCUUUUUUAGUGAAAUCAAUUUUAUAGUUUGAAAUCUGGUUGCGUUAGGUUAGAGAGACAUCGAUCGAUCGAAAAAAGUGUCAUUCGGAGGAGUUUAUCGUAAACAGGAAAAGUGUCGAAAAGGGAAUGUGAGAAAAAAAAUUCAACAAGCUUUGCAAAGUCGUGUCUCCGCCUGUGUGUACCAACCGGAGCUGUCAUAAAUGUACACAUUCUAUAUAGAUUGCACGAUCUAUGCUCGGUUAGUGGGCCGAUUUACCGAAGACAAGUGAUCGUAUCUGACGCGCGGCAGUGAAUUGACAUUAAUCAUCGUCGCGCGGUGUUGUGCACUCAUCGACCGUCUUAGUGCCGCAUUCUUGUUCGACGGCGAGAAUCCUCACGCAGCAGGUGAUCAUGGCUAAUCGGGGUACAGCCCAGAGGCCAAACGGUUCAACGCAAGGGAAGAUUUGUCAGUUUAAGUUGGUGCUACUAGGAGAAUCUGCAGUGGGAAAAUCCAGUCUUGUUUUGAGGUUUGUUAAAGGACAGUUCCAUGAGUAUCAAGAAAGUACUAUCGGAGCUGCAUUUUUAACACAAACUGUAUGUCUGGAUGACACGACUGUAAAAUUUGAAAUCUGGGAUACAGCUGGACAGGAACGUUACCAUAGUCUUGCACCCAUGUAUUAUCGUGGUGCACAAGCAGCUAUUGUUGUAUACGAUAUAACAAAUCAGGACACAUUUAUACGCGCCCAAACGUGGGUUAAAGAAUUACAACGGCAAGCCAGUCCAAGUAUAGUUAUAGCAUUAGCUGGAAAUAAAGCGGAUCUUUCACAGAAGAGAGUGGUAGAAUUCGAAGAAGCUCAAACAUACGCAGAUGAAAAUGGCCUUCUUUUCAUGGAAACUUCAGCUAAAACGGCGAUGAACGUUAAUGAUAUAUUUUUGGCAAUUGCUAAAAAGCUUCCAAAGAAUGAACAAUCAGGGAGUGCAAGUACAAGUGGUCAGGGUCGUCGGUUAGUUGAGACAGAAGGACAAAAGGCAGCAACUGGUAAUUGUUGCAAGUGAUUAUCCAAAUCUGUACGUGUCAAAUACUAUGUUGGUAUAUAUUUUUAUAUUAGUUAAAACUUGUCACCUUGCUGGUCAACAAUGGUGGACAGUGUACCAUCCAUUGAAGAUUCACAAAGCAAUUGAUAUGUGCAUCAGAUAAAUUAUCAGUCCAAUCUUCAGUAUAAUAGUACAUUGUGUCUACAUAUUUUUAUAAUAUCAAAAUGUGUAAGGAACAAAAGUUUAUGAUUCUUUUUUUUUUAUCUUUUUGCAAGGGUAAAAGGAUUUGAUAUUGAUCAAGUUAAAGAUUUACAAAUUUGUGGAUACUUCAUGAAAAAUUUUGUAUUAAUAUUAUGGGAUAUUUGAGUAGAUGUUGCUGUAGUAUAUUUCUUGUUAUGUUUAAUAUUUUUAUUGCAUGUACUCUAGACUUAUUUCAGUCCUCGUAUUUAUUACGUAAGUAAAAAAAGAUAUGCGAGUUGCAACAAAUUCAAUCAAUGUUUCCUACUUUUUAACCUUUAUUGAUUAUAUACAGUAAUUAAUAUUAUGAAGAGAAGAAAGUUUUACAGAAAAACAAUUUAUAAAAUUCUUAACAUUAGCGUAACAAAUACAUCGCAAAUUUCUAAUAUCUUUUCAAUUUGACGUCACAUAAAUAAAGUUACUUACAACUUUUUUUUUUUUUAAAUAUAAUCUCAAGAUAAACAUGUACAAAUUCCAAAUAUCUUGGCAUUUAAUUUUUCUUUUUUAUAAAAAUAUAAUCAUUUGUGUAAGAACAUUUUUGCAUAAUUAUUCCAUAUAGUUUCUCAAACCAACUAUCGUGCACAGUCUACACAGUUCACAUUUCCUUUCUCAUUCGUGUAUCUUCAAGAAGCCUAUAUUUUAUUCGAUCAGUUGCGACAUUGUUACGAAAGCUUUUAUACUCCAGACAAAAAUAAUGCGUAACUAACAUUGUACGUUAAAAUAAUUUUUCUCUUUUAUACGUUAUAUUCUGCAAAGUUUCACGAAGUAGUACUGCUUGUACGUAGCAUAUACUUUUCUUUUCUUUUUUUCUAUCAUCUUUAUUUGAUUAAUACUUGCAUAACAUUUAUUUUUAUAAUAUGAAUUAUAUCGUUAAAUGUUAGAUAGAAAAGAGUAAAAGAGAAAUCGUGUAAUAUAUUCACAAUCUUGUUAUGGACUUGCUGCUGUAAAUCUUGAAGUGACCAUUAAAGGAAAUGUUAAUUUCUUAUUUAAAAGUUGAGUCUGUUAAUUUAAUUAACUUAAUUAUAAGUGCUUUAAGAAACCUUCGCUUACAUGAUUUAGUAUCAAAAAUAUUUAUGUUUAUAUUCUUUCACAGUAAAUACAUUUUUUUUUCUAUUUAUCGAUUGAUCAUUUAUUUUGUAGAGCAAAAUAAAUUGCAUAGAUCAAUUGUAUAUUAUAUCCAUUUUUAUCGUGCAAACUUUAGCGUCUUAAGGGGAGGUAAAUUAUUGUUCCUAAAAUAUUUUUACAAAUGCUUUGUUAAAUAAUGUUGUACUUAUAUGAAUUACAUUAAAAUUAGAUCUUUGAUUAUGUUAACUUGUGAUAAUUCACGUAUUGCUCUACACAAUAAUUUUUCGCAAUGUCAUUCAGAAAGGAAUUUCAAAAAAGUAAUUAAGUUUAGUAUAAUGCAUUUUCAAUGCAAUAUUGUACAUACAUAAGCUGUUUCCGUUGAAAAAAAAAAUUAUAACGCUGUUAAUUUCAAUGCUGUCGCUUGAAUGAAUAUCUUCAAAGUUUGAAAGUCGUAUAAUAUAAGAUUUUCAGAUAAAUCUUUGUACAUUAAUUCCAGCAUAAAACGAAAUGAAAGAGGUUUCGCUAUUUUAAUUGAUAGUCUUAUAGUUAUAUGCAGUUGUAUGUAUAUUUACGAAGAAAAAACACAUGUGUAAUAAAUUUUUUGUUGUUCUCUAA